UCACCCUUUUGUGCUGAAAUCAAAAUUCUUGCAUCCAUCUGCACCAUUUUUCUGUGAAUGAAUUGUACAUAUAUUUUAGGUGUUGGUCUUAUGUCUAUAAUAGAUCACUCUUGUCUUCCCAGGUUUGGCCAUGUGAAUUAUGAAGACCCUCACUUCAAUGUUGGCUUGCUAGUCUUCAGCAUUCAUGGAAAUCAUGAUGAUCCUGCUGGAGUGAACAAAAUUGCUAGGGAUUCCGACACCUUGAAAUGCGAGGAGGAGGAUCUAAUUCUUAAAGUCGGCGAGUGUUUGGAGGAACGCGUUAAGGAACGUUCUGUACAUCCCAGUGACACCCCACAUGGAACAUCCAGUGCACCUUCUGUGGAGGCUGCUAGAAAUAGGAGUGCUGCAGGAAUAGGAAGCACAGUUUCUUUUAGCGAUGAUGAGGACACAGCAGAGAUACUCGGCUCAAACUCUGCCACCAGAGGCCGGAAAGGAUCAUUGGGAGUUUCUAGAUCCUCCCGUGCUACUUCAGAUCUAGGAAGAGGGAAAACUUCUACAAUAGGAAGGGGCAGGGGAAGAGGAUCUGCUAAUUUGAAGCAAACUACUCUUGAUUCAGCUUUGGUAUCUCGCCGUCGUGAAAGUCAACAGUUAUUCUGAAGAGAGAACAUUGAUGAAUAAAAGUAUUAUCGACAGCUGAAUUGGGGAAUGCCUCUCAUCUCAAGGAAUUAUGAAAUCACAUGAAGUGUGUCCAAUUAGUUUGCUUUCCUUGAUUAUCUGUGGUUUCU